AUGGUAAAUUAUAAGCAAAAGCAAAAAUUUGCUGGUAAUCCCGUAAUUUCGUUCAAUCGUCCUUGCAUGACAUCUCUUCCUCACAAGUCUCUCCCUCUAAUUUCCUAUGAGAAAAACAACCAAAUCUUGCAGACAAUGGAACUCCCAACCACUGGAACCCAGAUUUUCACACUCUUCAUCUUCCUCUUCUUUCAACUCUUCCCCUUUAUUCUCACUUCACCAGAUUUGUCUGACAUUAAUCCACCCCAGCAACUCAAAUCUCAACAACUUCAAACUCCAUCUCAGGAACCCAACUCUGAAGAACCUCAAACUCCACCCCAAAAUUCCAACUCUGAAGAACCUCAGAAUCCACCCCAGGAACCAAACCAUAAACUACAUAAUAAUCCACCCCAGAACCCCACGGCUCAACAUUUUCAGCCGAAGAUCCCCCCGAAGCACAACUCUCAACAACCUCAGAAUCCACCCCAGAAAUCAAACUAUAAACAGACUAAUAAUCCACCCCAGAACCCGAAGUCUCAACCGAAGAUCUCCCGGACACCCAACCCUGAAGAACCUCAAACUCCACCUCAGAACUACAACUCUCACCAACCUCAGAAUCCACCCAAGAAACCAAACUAUAAACAAACCAAUAAUCCACCCCAGAACCCGAAGAUCUCCCGAAAGCCCAACUCUGAAGAACCCCAAACUCCAUCCCAGAAAUCCAACUCUCAACAACCUCAGAAUCCACCCCAGAACCCGAAGUCUCAAUAUUUUCAGCCGAAGAUCCCCCGGCUGCUCCCCCAUUUUCGUCAAUCAGAGCAGGAACAAUUCCUCAAUGCCCACAACAAGGCCCGGGCCCACGCCGGUCUUUCCCUUUUCGUCUGGGAUGAAACCUUGGCCUCCUACGCUCGCACGUGGGCCAAGAAACGCUCCUCGGACUGCCGUAUGAAGCAUUCCAACGGACCUUACGGCGAGAACAUCUUCUGGGGAGGCAGAGACCACUGGACCCCCAAGGACGUCGUCAAAUUAUGGGUGAAGGAACACAAGUUUUACAAUCGGAAGACCAAUGCUUGCCAACCAGGGAAACUCUGCGGCCAUUAUACACAGAUUGUAUGGAGCGAUUCGAUCAAAGUAGGAUGUGCCCGAGCCAAAUGUGCAAAUGGUGGCAUCUUUGUUAUUUGCUCCUACGAUCCUCCUGGAAAUUACGCCAAUGAAAACCCAUUUAAGCCGAAUAAUAACAACAACGACACCAAUAACGAUAAUGAAAACAUCAAACAAUAA